UCAGAAUAUUGUCUUAAUCUGACUCAGGUAAUCAUUUCGUUUACAUGACUCAGUACUAAUCAGAGUAUUGCCAAAUUCUGAUUAAUAUCGGAAUAUUGAUGUGCACGUGAUAUGUAAACGCAUAUGAUGAUUCAUGGAUGAAAGAGUCGACUCUUGUUGGAACUGAGCCAAAUGAUCCGACUCACUGAAAAGAGUCGGAAGUUAACUGGAGAAGUAAGAGACAGACUAUGGGUUGAAGUUCAGUCGAAAGAGGGAGUAGGAAAAGGAGCGCAAGUCUCUGUCUCUCAUCGCUUUUAGGAAAAUGACAGAAGCAGAUUUAUAUGAUGAGUAUAAAGGGAUUUAUGUGCCAAAACAUCUGCACCCCCCAGAGAGUCUGAAAUAUUAUGAGGAUUUCAUUUUCCGAUCAGACGACGUCCUUAUCGUCACCUAUCCCAAAUCCGGCACAACAUGGAUGCAGGAGAUCGUUCCUCUGAUCUACAGUGAGGGAGAUCUCACUCCGGUGCACACUAUACCAAACUGGGACCGGGUUCCAUGGCUGGAAGAGCACCGGGCCAAGAUGCUCAAUCUGGAGCAAAAGCCCUCUCCACGCGUCUUUGCGACACACUUCCAUUAUGGCAUGAUGAACGAGUCCUAUUUCAAAGUCAAGCCAAAAGUCAUUUAUGUAAUGCGAAACCCUAAGGACGUGUUUACAUCCUCCUUCCACUACUAUGGAAUGGCUUCAUACCUGGUCAAACCUGGCACUGCUGAUGAGUUUCUGGAAAAGUUUCUGAACGGCAAAAUAAUGUUUGGUUCAUGGUUUGACCAUGUGAAGGGCUGGCUCAAGGCAAAAGACCAAGAUAACAUUUUCUACAUUGCAUAUGAGGAAAUGAUAGAAGACUUGAAAGGCUCCGUCACGAAAAUCACCCAGUUUCUUGAAAAGCCUCUGAGCCCAGAAGUGAUUGAGAAAAUAGCUGAGAAUUGUGUGUUCAAGAGCAUGAAGCAGAACAAGAUGUCCAACUAUUCUCUGGUUCCAGAAGAGUUCAUGAAUCAAAAGAAAUCUGAGUUUCUCAGGAAAGGAGUAGCUGGUGACUGGAAGAACCUUUUUACUGAGGCCCAAACCGAGAAAUUUAAUGCUUUUUACAAAGACAAGAUGAAAGACGUCAUGUUCAAAUUUGUUUGGGAUUGAACGAACUCAUCAUUAAGGAGAAUGGGAGAUGUGGGAGAUGUGGGUGCAGUCUGUCAUGAUUAAGGGUGGAAAAAUACAGGAAAAAUUAUGCUUAAGUGGAAGGAAGGGCAUUAUUUUUUUUUAUUAAGUUCAAAACCGAGUUAAAAGUAGCACUUGAAAAUCAUGCCUAAAGGUAAAAAGUAUACACAGUUUAAAUCACUUUAUGCAUGCUUUAAAAGUACGAAAUGAUUUUAUUCAAAACUAGAAGUCAGAAUAUAAUUUUUUUAUUAGCAUAACUCUGCAAAACUAAUCACAUGUUUCACUAUUCCAACUUUUGGACAUUUUUCAUGAGAUGAGAUUGUUAUUCUUUUUUUUUUUAUUAUAAUUCAUGACCAUUUUUUUAUGAAAAAAGUAAUGGCACAGUUACACUUAUAAGCUUACUUAUAAUUUUAGUUUCCACUUAUGGUAGUGAAAAAGACUGUUUUUCUGCAUAUCUAUUCAUUGAAUAGCUAUGGAAUUUCUAUGAUGAUUGAUCUUUUUACUACAAAAUAUUAAUAAACGAAUAAAGGAACAAAUAAAGAAAACAAGCA